GACCACGGCAUGUACUGAUGGGCGACUCCGCCAGCGGCCAUAGAAAUGCUGCUGACAAUGAUUCACAGAUCGGGAUCGGGAUCUGUGAUGGACAAAAUUACGUUGAGAAGGUAAACAAGGUGCUCCAUCCUUCAAUCAUGUCUAGUCCUAGUUGGCCGAAUAGAACAAUGGAUACGAAGCCAUUCAUCACACAGUACACCUCAGACGAAUCGAACAGGAUGCAACUGAGAGUAAAUAAUGGAAUACGCAGCAAUAAAUACCUCCCAGUGGAUUAUGACAAACUUAAACUCAUGGCUGCUGAAAAAAAAUUCUCUGCUCAGAAAAGUCUGCUCAAAGUAAAGAAAAUUGAGCAAAUGUCCAAACAGAGCAAAGAAAAUCUUCUGUUAAAACAGCACAAGCUGAUUUGGCAGAAGGAGUUUAUGAGACUGAAUAAUGUCAGAAAGAGGGCACAGGCUGAGGUAGAGGGCCAUCGUCGGCAAAACGCCACAGAAGGAAGCGGCUGUUGUCGGAUGUAUGAACACUUUGACCUCUAUGAGGCAUCUCUUGAUGAAGAGUUUGCAGAGUUUAAAAUGAACACUUGUGAUCCUGUGUGGAAUUUGAGGGAAGACUUGCAGUUUUGGAUCCAGGACAACCACGAGGGAAUUCGGAUGGGUGACCCGGAGGUGGUGGAGAAACACGCGGAGAUCCGCCAGACAAUCAGCCAGGUCAAAGGUCAACAGAACAGUAUACUGCAGCAGCUGUACAACGAACAGAAGUGUCUGGAGGGCGAGCUCAGCUCAGGCUUUCUGUGGGAGAUAACUCAUGGAGGAUCAGAAACACCACAUAUUGAUUUUGCUGAGGGUAUUCCAGAGGAGGCCUUUGACCUUGAGUGCUCUGAUGAUGAGUUGAAGGUCACAGUGUUACAAGAGUUUAUCAUUCUGGAUGAGAAGUUCAGAGAGAGGCUUCACUUUCUGGAGGAUGAACACUCCAAGAUAUUGAGCCGAGGCACACAUGGGGGCUGGAGUGAGGAGGAUCACUUUUGUUUUGUGGUCAACUAUGAUCAAUAUCCCAGGGAACUCAACAAUCGCAGAAAGUUAAUAAUGGACAGAUUGAGGCGACAUCUGCCUCAUAAAUCUAGGCCUGAACUGGUAGCUCAUGAAGAAUGGUGUGAAUCUAACAAAUAUUUCCAUGAGCGCAAAAGGGCUUUAGUGGUAGCCUGGAGAAAAGGCCGGAGUGAGUUAUUCAGCAAAGCCCGCAAUACAUUCAUAGAGGUGGAAAUCGCCAAGGAGCUGGCAGAAGUCCAGGCAGAAUAUAACAGAGGGCAGAAAAAAAUCAGGGAUGAAUUAUAUAAUAAGGUGAGGAUUUGGAGGGAGCAGAAGCUGGAAGCCAUGAUGUUACAGGAGAAGAUGGACGCCAGGAGGAGAGAGGAGGCCCAGGAACAGCGACGAAUGGAGGCCGAGAAAGAGAAGAAACGACGGGCACACGAAAAAGAAAAGGUUCAAAAGUUCAGUGAUGAUAGGACAGAGAAAAGAAGAAAACAGGAAGAGAGAGACCAAGAGAGGAUGGAGGAACUUAGGCGACUGAUGGAGGAACAGGCUGUUCUGGACAAAGAGAGAGUAAAUUAUCGCAAAGAACAAUUAGACGUAAAAAUAUCAGAAAGAAAGUUAAAGGAAGAACAGAAAGCUGAAGAUGAACUGGAGAAAGAAAGAAGAUUGGAAGCUUUACGAGAACAAGUUCGAGUGAUUGCAGAAAGUGAUCCAGUUCGGAUGAUGCAAGACACAAAGGCAUGGCAAGCUAAGAAUAAUCCUAGUGAAGAGGAUGAAGAUAUAAACAUCAACAAACCUUUGUUUGAAAUUAACACCUUUAAUUCCAAGCAGAUCACCACAGAUCCACGGAUGCGCCUCGAGGCCAAGCUGAGGGAGGCCGGUCUCCACAAUUCUCCCUAUGCUCGGCAAGUAAUGGCCGGGGUCCCUCCUCCCCAGCCCCCGCGGAGGGACAUGAAAUCCACCGUGUUUAAAUACGACUAAACAGACCACCCAGAUGCCACCCAAAUGAACACUGUAAAUCUAUGAAUGAAUGAAGACAACACAAAAUUAUCCAGAUAUUUUCAGAGUAUGGAUGAAAUACUUUUAACAUCUUGUUUAAGAUGUACAUGUAAUACAUUUGAUACCUGGAAAUGAUUUUCUUUUUAUUUAAGUACAUGUAUACAAAGUGAAAACUGUUCAGUCCAAAUUGUAACAUCAUCUAUUAUUUCUAUUAUGAUAAAUAUACCAUAAGUUGCUUUUAUAUUAUCAGAAAUUAGUCUUGAAAAAAAUUGUCACGAUUUAAUGCAAAAUCCUACUCAUUUAAGUUUAUUUUAAAUUAUUUUGUUGUUUCUGGGACUUCUCUCCACAAAUUUUAAACAUGUAAAGAUGACAUAGGGGUAUUUCAACAUGAAAAUUAUUGCUUUUUAAAAAAUGAUGGAGAGAUGACUGAUUAUGUACUUUUUCAAAAUAUGUUUUGGAGGAUAAUAAACAAAGUCCAUAGACAUGAAAA